AAUAAGAAUACUUCUAGAAACAGCCCUGAAUGCAUAUAUCAGCGGACAAGCGGAGCUCGUUUGAAAGCAAAGUUCAUUUUAAUUACUUGAAUUCAAAACUGCAGAAGGUAGUGUCCUAAGGUUUCCUCAAGGCAGCGAUGGACAUCAAUGAGAUGAUCGCCGGUCUUGAGAGUGAUCUUAAAGAGAUUACGAGUCUGCUGGAGAAAUGUGAACGCCAGCGCGUGCGGGACGCGUUAACGCAAGAGCAGAAGAAGGUGGAGAAAGAGCUGGAGCAGAAGCUGAAGCUGCAGCAGAAACUGCAGCAAGCCAAAAAAGACUCUGGAGACAAAACUGACACAACACUCAAAGGAUACACAGUCAAAAUUAAUAAUUAUGGAUGGGACCAGUCUGACAAAUUUGUCAAAAUCUACAUUACACUAAAAGGAGUGCAUACUAUUCCAGCUGAAAAUGUUGAGGCCAACUUUACAGAGAGAGGCUUCAAUGUACUAGUCAAAGAUCUGGAUGGGAAGAACCAUCAAAUGACAGUCAACAACCUUUUAUUUCCCAUUACUGUAGCAGAGAGUAGUAAAAAGAUAAAAACAGACAUGGUGCUUGUUAUGUGCAAGAAGAAGUCAACAAAAAAGUGGGACUGCUUGACACAAGUCGAAAAACAGUCUAAGGAGAAAGACAAACCCAACUUGGAUGGGAACACUGAUCCAAGCGAGGGGCUGAUGAGCAUGCUGCAGAAGAUCUACACAGAUGGAGAUGACGAGAUGAAGCGCACUAUCAACAAGGCCUGGGUUGAGUCUCAGGAGAAGAAGGCCAAAGCAGAUGACUUUGACUUCUAAGCCAGUUUAUUGGUC